UGACGCGAGUGGGCGGUGCUUGCCGAGGCGCCAAGUGAGUGGCGGCCGCCGCCUCCUUCUCCCUGCCCCCUCCCCCCCCCCUCCCCCCGAGAGCGGGCGCUGCCGGUGGCCGGGAGCAGGAUCAGGUGUGGCAUUGACUGACUUACAAGGAUAAAAAGAUGACUGAUGCCAGCGAGAUGUUAGCUGCUGCUUUGGAACAAAUGGAUGGGAUCAUUGCAGGUUCUAAGACCUUGGACUACUCGAAUGGUCUGUUUGACUGCCAGUCGCCUAACUCCCCCUAUAUGGGUGGUCUACGCGUAUUACACCUGGUGGAAGACCUUCGAGGACUGCUGGAGCUGAUGGAGAAUGAAGAGAAGGAUGGACUACGCUGUCAGAUACCAGACUCCACUGCAGAACUCCUCGCUGAAUGGCUACAGAGCCACCUGACGAAUGGCCAUAUCUCUGUCACUGGCGAUGCAUACCAGGAUAGGCUGGCACGGUUGGAAGGUGAUAAAGAGUCAUUAGUUUUGCAAGUGAGUGUUCUAACAGACCAAGUGGAAGCUCAGGGGGAGAAAAUUCGAGAUCUGGAGUGCUGUCUAGAUGAGCACCGGGAAAAGCUGAAUGCCACGGAAGAGAUGUUGCAACAGGAACUCCUAGGUCGAACAUCACUAGAGACUCAGAAACUGGAUCUUAUGACUGAGGUGUCGAACCUGAAAAUAAAACUGAAUACGAUGGAAAAGGACAGGUUGGAAUACGAGGACCGAUACAACGAUACUGAGGUGUUAUACCAAGAAGUUAAUGAUUUAAGGAUAAAGGUGGUUGACAUGGAAAAUGAAAGAGUUCAGUUUGAAAAAAAGCUAAAAUCAACCAAGUCAUUAAUGGCUAAGCUCUCUAGCCUGAAAAUCAAAGUUGGUCAGAUGCAGUACGAGAAGCAGCGAACGGAACAAAAAUCCCAGGCAGUAAAGGAUGACUUGGUGCAACUGAAGGAGCAGUUGGAGAAUAAAGACGCUGAGAUCAAGAGAAUGUUGUCUGAUUUGAAUUGCAGAACGGAGAUGGAUGAAAGUGAUAGUGGGGCUGAGGAAAGUUAUAAAAAGAAGCUGAAGGAGAAAAAUCUUGAGGUCCAUAAAAUGAAAAAGGCUGUUGAGUCUUUGAUGGCAGCUAAUGAGGAGAAGGAUCGGAAGAUAGAAGAGUUGCGGCAGUCUUUGAACAGAUACAAGAAGGUGCAGGAUAUGGUGAUGUCUGCGACACACAGUAAGAAAGCAAAAGAAGGUGAGAAUGAUGACAGUCUGAAUGGGGAAUCUUUCGGAGUUAAUGGCAGUGAAAUAUUCGAGAUGGAACUGACUUCUCUCACAGUCCCAUCCCCCGAAGCUGAUGGAGUGACUUCAGUUUCAGAGCCAGAAGCAGAACCAGCUCAAAUCCACACCAGUAUCCUUCAGGUGCCAAUACCAAUAAUAUCAUCUACUCCUAAAGGCAGUGCAGGGCAGAUGGAAAAGAAGAUGGAGCCUGAAGUUGAAACAAAACCUGACAUUGGUGAAAUACAACCAAGUGACAUAUCUUCAUUAGUUGAAGAAACUGCCCUAUGUGAUAGUCCCGUAUUAUCCGAUGUGCAUAAAUCUGGUAGUCAGGAGAACCUGAGAAUGGAGGAGGAGAACAAGAAAUUACCCUUGGACCCUGCGCAACAGAGCGCAUUAGAGCUGGCAGAGAACAUUUUUCUCUUGAUUAAGAAUAAAGCGUGCAUGGAGAUCAGUAAAUUUGCAUCUUUGCCACCAAAACCAACUGGACAUCACAAUUCACUGGGCGAUGACAGUGCUGCCUCCAAGAAGGCAAGAGCCUCUUUUGGCCGUGGUUUCUUCAAGAUCAAAGGUGGCAAACGUACAUCUAGUACACCUAACCUAGACCGCAGUCGGAGUGCGAGUGCACCGAUGCUAGCGGAGACGGAGAGAGAAUCGGAGCAGGUGGAUGUCGCUGGGUUCCCGCUGCGUGCUGCAGAGGCCGACGGCUGUCAGCUCUUUCCAACCUCACCUGAACUCAAAAAGAAAUCAAAAGGAAUCAAAAAGUUAUUUGGAAAGCUUAAAAGAAGUCAGUCAACCACCUUCAACCCCGAGGACAUGAGCGAUGGAGAUUUCAAGCGAGGUGGAACCAGGAGCACCUCUGGCCCGAAACUUGGCUGGUCCCGCGAUCUACAGCUCACUAAAACUGAUCUGGAUGCUCCGUUCGCGAAGUGGAGCAAAGACCAGGUGUGUAACUGGCUGGAUGACCAAGGGUUGGGUAUAUACGUGAGGCCUUCCGGCUCCUGGAUCACAUCAGGACAGACUUUACUGCACGCAUCUCAGCAGGACCUGGAGAGGGAACUUGGCAUCAAGCAUUCUCUACACAAGAAGAAGCUGCAGCUAGCUCUACAGGCCUUUGGCUCCGAAGAGGAAGAUAACAAGGGAAAGCUCGACUACAACUGGGUUACAAGGUGGCUGGAUGAUAUCGGGUUACCACAGUACAAGACGCAGUUUGAUGAGGGACGGGUUGAUGGUCGAAUGCUCCACUAUAUGACUGUGGAUGACCUGCUGUCGUUGAAAGUUGGGAGCGUUCUCCAUCAUCUCAGCAUCAAGCGGGCCAUUCAGGUUCUGAGAAUAAACAACUUUGAAGCUAACUGUCUACGUAGAAGGCCGUCUGAUGAGAGUAACAUUAGCCCAGCAGAGGCGUCGCAAUGGACCAACCACCGUGUGAUGGAGUGGCUGCGCUCGGCAGACCUGGCAGAGUACGCUCCCAACCUGCGGGGCAGCGGUGUGCACGGCGGCCUGAUGGUACUGGAACCCCGUUUCAAUGUGGAAACACUAGCAAUGCUGCUGAACAUCCCACCCAAUAAAACACUCCUCAGACGACACCUGGCCACUCACUUUAACCUGCUGGUUGGUCCUGAUGCUCAACAACAGAAACGGGAGACUGUUGAAUCGCCAGACUAUACUCUCCUUACAGCUACUGCCAAAGUUAAGCCUAAGAAGCUGGUGUUCAGCAGCUUUGGGAGCCUGAGAAAGCGAAAGCAGGAUGAAGAGGAGUACAUCUGUCCCAUGGAACUGGGGCUCCCAGCAGGAACUGGGUUCAAGAAAGGGAGCAAGCAGGGUCGAGGGAUGGAGCUGCGGCUGUAUAAUGAGGAGGACCUGGACAGACUUGAACAGAUGGAUGACUCCGAGGGGACAGUGAGGCAGAUCGGAGCGUUCUCCGAGGGCAUCAACAAUCUCACACACAUGUUGAAAGAGGACGAGAUGUUUAAAGAUCUGAGCGCGGGUUCGCCCUGCACCAGCAUGACUGAGGAGGAUUCGAACGUCUGACCCUCACCGACCCAGCACCUUCAGUGUGGAUGCACCUUCACCUCUCGGUCCGACACUACAAAACAAACUGCCUGCACUACUCACCACCUCCUGUACCGCCUCUCCCGAGAGUGAAAGCGAAUGCACAAAGCACCACCAAAUAUCUGCUCUCAAUCAGAGCUGGGGAAAUCCAGGAUCUAGAGUUUUGAUGAAAAUCCGAUCAGUGCGAUGUUUGACUGCAGCCCUUGACAGAAAACACAUUUCAAAAUCCAAAUGGUUUAUGUUAACCAGACACAAGAUGCCAGUAAUUUGACUUGGUAGUUGCAUUUUAUGUAUUUAAAAUCCAGGGCCUAUUUGAUUUUCAUCAGGACUGUGAUGUUUUCAUACUGAAGUGUGUGGCGACAGCAUUGUGCCAGGUCUGCAGUCUGGUCUGCCCUGUGCAGCCACCACAGUCCAUGACCACCUGUCACUGGCUACCUCAAGCAAGCAAUAGCUCUCGAAUGCCUUAAAUAACCAAAAAUUUUGCCAUUUUGAUUAUCCAGUUAUUUUACAACAAUUGUCCUUUUCUGCCACAACGUGAGUUUUGUACCUUUUUGUAAUUUUCUAAAGAGGCAGAUAAAAGUAGUAUUUUGUACCAUGCAACUUUAGAUUGGGGUUAUUGACUAGUGCAAUGAUUUGUAUCGAUGUAGGGAUUGUACUCCAGCUGGUUCCUGGCCUGAUCCAUGUAGAGUUUUUCACAAUGGUGGGGGGGGUAACUUUGUUUCCCGUUUUGUAACCCAGGUUGCAAAAAUAACUUGGGUCUGUUGUAGCAAGUGGUGUGACAUUUGGGAUGGAAUACUGUUUGUUUUAAAUUUUAGCAUGUUUUAAAUGGUACAGAUUGCAUAGUAGGAAUUAUGUCCAUUUUGUAAUCGGAUGUUAUAACUGAGAAUUGUUCGGAUCAUUGUUGAUGCAUGUUGUUACUUAAUGAGCAGAUUGCUCCUAUGUUGAAUGUGAAAAUCACGACGGCGGUGGCACAAGAGACUGCAGAUGCUGGAAACUUGAUCGAAAGACAAAGUGCUGCAGGAACUUGGUUGGGCCGGCAGUCUCUGCGGAGGGAAUGGACAAGCUUUAAAGAUGGGUCCCAACCCGAAACGUCGUCUGUCCGUCCCCUACAGAUAUGCAGCCUGACCCGCUGAGUUCCUCCAGCACUUUGCUUUGGUUGAAAAUGACAACAUAGAGCAGUGGUGUAAAGCCGAAUGUUAGCACAGCAGUGUCAGCAGAGUCCACUGUGGCCCAGGCCGAUUGCCAGCAUAAUACUGUCGAUCAUCUACCACAUCUGCAGUUAGACAUGCAAUUGCCCAAAGUCUGAGCAAAGACCUUACAAAACUGUAGAUCAAUCCUGACCGGCAUUGUACUUUGUUACUUAUGCACCAAUUUUAGUACUAAUCUUUGUAUUCUAAAGACAACUAUUUUAUCUAAAGCUAUGUUCAUAUGAUUCUCAAAUUUAAAGAUGCUCCUUUAUUUAAACACUUGUCAAAAAGGAAACAAAUCUUUGAGAGCUGUUUUUGCUCUCCUCUCAGUGCCACGCCAAUACUUGGUCAUUAUAAAUGUAUUUUUCUACAUGCGUGGCUUUUAAAUAGCAAGGAAGUAGAUAGUGUUGAGUUCAGCUGUAAAUGGGCUGCUCUGGAGCCCCUGGCUGGUGGUACAAGACCUCUUCAAAUGCCAUCAGAUCCACUGGUCCUGCAUUUGGAACCCAAGCUCCCAUCCCGCCCCAGGUUAAUGUGCUUUUUAUUAGUUUAUUUAUUUUGCAUUGUUAACUAUGCCAUUAUUCUGCCAUACUUUGUGUUGAGGGUUUUUGUGCAAUGUUUUUGUGGCAUAUUUAUGUGGUUUUAGUACAUUUACAUUUAUUAUCAAUGGCUUUCCCCACAGGCAGUUCAGUAGCUCUCACUGGCCAUUGAGUUUUUAAAUGAAUCGAAACGGCCAAAGACGGCCAGAACUCGGUGGGAAAGUCUUUGUGAAAUCUCUUGCCAGUUCGGUCAUUGGAUUGUCACGUGAACAUUGCAAACAAAACAAUUGACAGGAGGCACGUUAUUAGAAACAGCCCCCGACCCAAACCAUGAAAGCAGAAUCAUGUAUAACUACAGCAUUAUAUACAUCACGCUCAUGUGAAUAUUUCAAUGUAAAAAUAAAGUAUUGCACAAUAAAUUGUUUGAAAUAUC